UGUGUGUGUGCGCGCGCGGUAUGCAUUUAAACAUAGUUUUGGCAGGCAGAAACGUCAAACCGUCGCGGAGUGGCGAAGCGCGAGGAUCGCUUUGCAAAUUUCGCGCGAAGAGAGAGAAAAGAUUUUCCACGUUCGCCAAGCUCUCGCGUCUUGUCAUCGACGUCGCGCCGAGAAGAAUUCACAACGGACGUCUGGAAAAGUCGCGAAAAAUUUUAUUCUUUUCUAUAGAGCAGUCACGAAAUUAAAUUUGACUUUUGACAGAGGUAGAUAGAUGGAGGGAGAGCUAUGAAAGGUACAUCGGUGAAGUACGACAAGGAGAAUCGACGGCCGACAGCGACGAUGCAACGACCGGUCGACGAGAACACGGCCGACGACGUCCGGCAGGAAGAUGUGAUGUCAGCGGGCAAUAAAAACGCGGAUGAGGUCGUGAACGAUGCGUUGUUGGAGAAGCUCCGAACUUACGCGGCUAAACCGCAGGAAGCGGGCGACGCGCUCAGGGCGAUCGCGGCCAAGAUUCACGCGCGUGUCACCUCAGCAGAUCGGCGGAUACGCGAGCGCACGUUGGAAAAGCUCUGGCGCAAGAAUUCCGGUGUGAUGGAAUCGUUCAUUAUGACUCUAGAGAAUUGCAAGGACAACGUUGCUAAUUGCAGUAUCGCCGGCAUACUGCACGAAUGUAUAUCGCCCCGAAUGAUCAAGGGCAAAUCCAAGGAGAGAGGGAGCAAGAAUCGAAAUGCCUCCACAAGAACCAGUAGCCGAAUGGCGGUCAUUCAACUGAUCAACUUAGGUAUCACGCAAGUCCUAGUUAAACUUUUAAUAAAUCUGCAACACGCAGAUACUAUCAUGAGCGAAGUACUCACUCAAGACAUCCUCUGGAUUUUGGGACAGGUGGCUCAAAGGGACCAGAAAUUUGUGUCAAAAAUAAAACUGCUCAACUCCAUAAAAGUGUUCCAUGCGCUGUUAAAACAGCAUUACAAUAACAGCAAGACGUUAUUGCCGCUGUUGUUGAUCAUCAAAACUCUUGCUAAAAACUCUUUUUUCUUGCAAACACUAGUAAAGGACGGAAUCACUGGUACUUUGGAGAAAACGUUUGUUAGUAUCGGUUAUACGCCACAUUUGAAAUUGAAAACAUUAUUGGAGUGUUUCAAACAUUUAACGACAAAUAAACUAUGCUGCAACAAAUUCAUUAAGGCGGGAAUGGUACACCUACUUAUGCGAAUCUUCGAGAGGUGGGAGAGAUUCGAUGGACAGAUACGCUUAAAGAUUUGUAAUUACGCUCUGAAUACGCUUCAGCAUCUUUGCGUAAUAAAAGCUGGAAGGAAGGCUAUCAAGUCGAACAAUGGCCUACAGCUACUAUACCGGUUCUGCACGAACUGCCCAGAGGACAAAGCUUAUGACUGCUUGCUGUCGCGUAUUUGCGGGAUCAUCAAUCAGUGUCAGGAGAAGAAGGAAUUACCGGUGCCCGAAAUGUCGCCCGCGAGAUUCGUUCUGCCCGAAGUGAAUGUCAACAGGGCGAACAGUGUUGAAAGUGGUAGCGACAUCGACAGCCAGGCAAACAGCGUGGCUUCGGCUGGUAGACUGUAUAGCGAUCUCGAUUCCGGGGAUGACGAGGAGAGCCACGAUUCCAGAGAUACAAUGGACAAUGAGAUUCACGUGGGCGACGAGGUGGAUGAGAACAAAUUUUUUGCCGGGGUUUUUACCUCGCAGAGAUCCGAGGAGGAUCUUGCUGGAUACCAUACGUUCUUCAAGGAGCUGGGAAAUUUGCAAUCGCAAUUAAACAUCGUCGGAUCGUCGAACGUCAAGCUAAUUGAUCUUUGUUUGGUGAACGACGUUCGGAUAAACUUGCCGCUCGCGAAAGCGGGAAAGGCAAAGAGCUCAAUCAAGGACUUUUCGAGAUCUAACGGUACGACGAAGGGUCAAUUGGUGAACGGCACGCACAGUUUGAAGGUCCUAAAAGACAUACCGGCGAACAUCACGGAUCGGCACGUGUAUUGCGCCGUGGCGAACAGAGUGAGGAGCGUUAUCGGUUUCGUCAAGGUCGCCUAUCCGGACCUGAUCGGCGGCGACGGACUGGGAAAAGCUGAGCCGCUCAACACUAAGGACAGGAAGGUUUGCCGCGCGAAAUUGCUGACCUGCGUGGAACGCGGUCUCCACGCCGCCGCCACCAUCCAGGAAGUUGUUUAUGACCUCGAUGCACUCGCAAACUCCGCUUCCCGGGCGACGUUGGGCGACAAGCGGCUGUUUGGUAACUGGGACGAGAGGAGGAUCGGCAAGCGCACUUUAGACACGAAACAGUUGCAAUUCGAGUCCAGAUUCGAAAGCGGUAAUCUGAGGAAAGCUAUUCAGAUAGGUCCACGAGAAUAUGAUCUUAUCUUGACGCCGGAUGUCAAUAGCGGUUCCAGACAUCAGUGGUUCUACUUCGAGGUCUCCGGCAUGGAGGCGAAUGCAUCGUACACGUUUAAUAUAAUCAACUGCGAGAAAACGAACUCGCAAUUUAACUUCGGUAUGAAGCCGAUACUGUUCAGCGUCACAGAGGCGCGGUGCGGUAGGCCAGGUUGGGUGAGGACCGGCGUUGACAUUUGUUACUAUCGAAAUUGUUAUCAACGAUCCACCAAGGGAAAAACGUACUUCACGACGUCCUUCACCGUUACGUUUCCGCACGCUUACGACAUUUGCUAUCUGGCGUAUCAUUUUCCGUACACGUACAGCCGGCUGAUGACCAACAUCUGGAAGUGGACGAGGAGAGUCUCCGGAGCGAACGUGUAUUUUCGUGCGGAAACACUCUGCGAGACUUUAAACGGCAAUGAGAAUCCUGUGCUCACCAUUACGUCACCGGAUUCCAAGAGCAAUCCUAUACACACACGAAAGAUGAUCUUCUUAACGUCCAGAGUACACCCCGGUGAAAGCAACGCUUCUUGGGUGAUGCACGGAACGAUGGAGGCCCUCUUAAGUGACAACCAGUACGCCAGCAGCUUACGCGACGAUUAUGUGUUCAAAAUAAUUCCUAUGCUAAAUAUAGAAGGUGUCGUGAACGGCUGCAAUCGAUACGGUCUGACGAACGAGGAUCUGAAUCGACGCUGGAGCAGUCCCAAUCGGACGUAUCAUCCGGUGAUCUAUCACACGAAGGGCCUGAUGGAGUAUUGCGCCAGGGUGCUGCAGCGACCGCCCCACGUUUUCGUCGACUAUCACGGCCAUUCGCGGAGGAAGAACGUGUUUCUGUUCGGUUGUUCAAGGUCGGGUUCCUGGAGCGCCGCGGACAGGACGAAACCGGACCAGCCGGUGCAGUAUUUGAUGUUACCGCAUCUCAUGCAGAGAACCUCGCCGGCUUUCGCUUUGCCGCUCUGCUCCUUCAAGGUCGAGAGGAACAAGGAAUCUACCGCCAGGGUCGCUAUAUGGCGGCAGUUGGGUAUUCCGAGAAGUUACACGAUGGAAAGCAGUUUUUGUGGAUGCGAUCAAGGCGUAUUGGCGGGAUUACAUCUCGACACAGAACACCUCAAAGCCAUCGGGAGAGACUUCUGCCAAGCUUUAUCCAUGAUGAAGGACGGCGAUGACGAUUGGGCGAAAGAAAAAAUUCCCAUGGAGAAACAUAUUCCCGUGGAAUCAAGAUGUAUGGACAACGACAUAUCUUCCAGUAGUGAAUCCAAUGAUUCCGACUUCGAGACUUAAUUAGGCGACUGCACUUUAGUCUCAAGUAUCAUCUGCAGCUGUUUUAACAACAAAAUUCAUAUUACAAAUAUUUACUCUCGUAUACUUCUUUGUAUUAAAUUUAAAAUUUAAUACAAAAAUUACUUCUAUUUCGAAUAAAAUAAUAGUAUGAUACAAAGCAAUAUUUCACUGCACAAAGAUAAAUAUUUUAAACAUUUAUAUUUAAAACUGGUAACAAACAUUUAAAGCUCUUCUCUAUAAAAAUACUAUCUACAUAUCGUAAACUCUAUUUGUACAUAUUUUGGAAAUCAAUAUUUCGCAAAUUAAGUUCUAUGAUAAACGAGAUUAUGUUCGCUGUAGAUUUAAUGCGUGAUUUAAAAUACGUAAAUGCUAUUUUAAGUUAGUAUGGUCGCGUACUAUUCAGCACGGAAAUAAAAUUCUCGUAAAUUGCAAAUAUAUCACAAAAUCACUAUCUAAAGUGAUGAAACAAUGAUAUUUAGAAAGCUUUACAUUACAGCUUACAUUUUUGAAAAAUUUAAAUCAUCUCUUAAAUAAAACAGGUUUAAAUAAUACCAAAGAUAAAGGGAACUGUGUCAUUCCCUAUAACAUGAUACCUCGUUCUAUUAUACUUUGUAUACAUAACAUAUGAUUAUAUAAAUAUAGGAAAUAAACAUUAAUGCUGUGGUUCCCUGAUAAGUUUAUAAGACCUUGUCCUAAAACUUCCUAAAACAAUUAUUUGCGUUCUACGGAUUAUCCUUUUCGAUAAGAUUUUUACACGCGUAUCAAUAAUCUAAUUGCUAUAAAUUAUAGCUAAUUGUAAGUUUUGUGAUUUUUGGCUAUUAUUACGUUGCGC